AUGGAUGAAGAGGUUGUUCCUCUAGGACACGACGUGCAAGUCGUGGAUCCAGACGUGCGGAACUAUGUUUACGGCCUAGUUACUGCUCUCGGAGGGUUCAAUGGCGAAAACGCCGACCAGUAUGUGCUCGGAGACGAUGCGCUGGCAUGUCUACGUGAUAUUAAACGCUGGCUGAAAUUGCAUGAUGAGAAGAAUAACCGGAUGGACGUUGCACGGUGCCUUGGAGAGGCCAACUUGAUCAAUGGUGAUCUGCUUCCGAUCCUCUCGCUCUGGUGGGCCAGUGGACAGAACAGUAAGCAUAUGACUAGGAUCUCCCUGGCAUGCUUGGAGCUUCUUGUUCCCUUAACAUGGCCCGUGGAGUUUCAUAGCCAGAUGACAGUCAACCACCAUCGUCAUACCCCCUACAUCCAACAGGCACAGGUGCAAUACAAGCGAGGUAUCCUCAGAUCUGGGGGAUUGAAUCUUGUCCGUGCAGUCAUUCGAAUUUCUCUUCCAAGCAUGGCGAUUCCCCGAUCCGAACGCGGAACCCGAGACGAAGGAAUCCUCAAGUUGAUGUUGUACUUGCUACGAAACAUUGCGAUCAUAUCUCCCAAUACCCGACUUGCGGCAGAAGGCGACGAGGAAGAGACAUCUAGAUCGGCAACGAUCAACGCCUUCCAUGAGCAAGAUGCGUUUGCACUUCUCCUGACUAUGUGCUCUAAUGUUGGCGAGGACUUCAACUUUCAAGACGUUCCUCUGAUGGAAACAAUUUUCCACUUAGUCAAAGGUGUCAACGUUGAGAAAUUGUUCAUGGACGAUGAGCAGAGAACGGCCAAGCGAACUGACGAACUCAGUGACCUGCUGAAAAAGGAAUCCCUGGUACGAAGGGAAUAUGCAAAGAAUGCACCCACACGUCAUGGGAGAUUCGGCACAAUGAUCUGGGUCAAGCGAGACGAUGCGAAGGUGUCUACUGUGUCUGGGCAAGGUGUCUUGCGUGACGAUCAGACCACGCUGCAAAAGAUGGACGAAAGCAAAAAGUGGAACAAGCCUCGGUCUCGCCGCAGACAAGACGAUGUAGUCCAAAACAACAACUUCAACAUGCCAGCUCAUCUUAAUUCGGAGGCAACCAAGAACCUGAGCACUUUUGUGGAGGAGUUCCUGGAUUCGGGGUUUAAUCCUCUAUUCACUCAAGUGCGAAAAGCAAUCGAGCGUGAAGCUGAGCGUGUGGUUCCAGUCAACUAUCGCCAAUUCUUCUACACCGUGAGUUGGUUCCUGGAAGCAGAGCGCGUACGACGGACUCGAAAACUUCGCCAUCGCACGGCCCAGAAAGGAGGAAGAACCAAAGAUAUUGAACCCGAUAGCUAUGGUCUGAUCGCUGGCGUCCUGAACCAAGAGAUGUUCAUUUCAUUGAACCGGGCUAUGCAAAAUAGCCUAGACAACAAGGAAUGGGAAGACCUCAAUGCCCAGAUGCGCUGCUUCACCCAGAUUCUGUUGACUGUCCAGGAAAUGGCUGCGUCACCACUUGAAGAAGAUCAGGAAAUUGCGGAAAACAUUCAAAACCGAAUUUUCUACGAGGAAACAACCCAUGACCGGAUCCUUACUAUUGUGCGCGGAUACAAAGACCAAGGUUUCGGCUAUCUAGAUGCUUGCACGGAGUUAGCACAUGUGUUCCUGCGAAUGCUGGAACGGUAUUCCAAAGACAACGCCGACAUGCAAAUCCGCUCGCGGCGAAAAGCCAAGAAAAGACAGAAGAAGGCUACCCAAGCCGCCGAGCAAGAGGGAGGAGAUGAUGACGAGGAGCGUGACUCCGAAGAUGAAGACAUGGAGGAAGUCGCUCAGGUCGCCAAAGAACGCGGCUUUGACUUUAAGCGAUUCGCAGCCAAGUUCUGCAACCAACACUGCGUGGACACCUUCAUUGCGUUCACAGGAUUGUACCGAGAGCUUAACUCUGAGCAGCUCAAACGCGCCCACCGUUAUUUCUACCGAAUUGCCUUCAAGCAGGAAAUGACUGUCUUGCUGUUUCGUGUCGAUAUUAUCAGUCUUUUCUAUCGAAUGAUCAAAGGCCCAGGGUCCAUGGAUUCGAGUAAGCCUGUAUUUAAGGAAUGGGAGGAAUUGGUCCGGCAAGUUAUUCGACGACUGGUCAAGAAGAUUGAGCAGCGCCCCGCCUUGAUCACUGAGCUGUUGUUCAGUAAGAUCAAUUCCACUAUCUACUACCUUGAAUAUGGACACGAGAAGCAAACCAUGUCCUCCUAUACGCGUCCACCGCCGGAGCUUGUGAUUACAUCGACGGAGGCAACGACGAGAGAGGCGAAACUCUACAUUGUGAUUGGUGCUCUUGUUCUCGAUGGUAGAGCAGAUCUGGUUAUUUGGAUCAAGGAUGUCUUGAGUUCUGCAGCCUCCGAAAGAGAGGACUUGGAACUCCAAGAAGAAGUCCGCCGCGCCGAAAACUCCGAGAUUACCAGCGUUCCCAGUCCAAUGAUUACUGUGAAAGGCAAAAAUGAGUUCGUUCAGAAUGCCAUGUUUUCGAACGCAAAGCUACGUCUGCUCAUGACCGUCGUCGGAUUCGAGCGACUCGGCGUUGAAGAUGUGUUUGGUGCCUCUUGGGUUGUUCCAGCCUCUUUCAAGUCCGACGACUUGCGUGAAACGAUUUCAGAAAUCCUGAAAGCCCUUCAAGGCCCGUUUGCCGGAGAUGGCUAUGCUGAUCCUCGCAAGCAGAUUCAACCAAAGAACAGAGGAACCGGUCGCGGCAACAUGAUUCAAGGCACGCUCGGUGUCAAUUUUGGAUCGGAGUCCGAAGGCGAGGAUAUUCCAGAUGGUCCUUUGUUCCCGGCGAAUCUGCGGUCAAAGUCUAGUGCGCUGGAUGACCUCAAGAAGAAGCGUAAGAAGAAGCAAAAGGCCACCACCGAAAAGGAGCCGCUGGACGACGAAAUGCUAGAAGCGCGGCGCGAAGCGCGUUUAUCAAACGCACUUUCACGCCAAGCCAAGAUCAAGAGCGAUCUAUUCAUCCAUGCUAGUGACGAAGAAACCGACGAAGAAGCCGACAAAGAGUUCUUCCGGCUCGAAGAAGAGCGGCGAGUCAAGCAGGCAAAUGAAAUCAAGAAGGCCUUGCUCACUGGAACCGUCGAACCCUCAAGCAAGGGCAAAGGGAAGAAGUCCGCCGCCCGCAAGCGAAAUAGCGAUACUGGCACUUCUGCGGCCGCAAAAUCCAAGCGGCAACGUCGUGAUUCCGGUUCUACUGCUAGCGACCCAGAGAGUGAUGCCGAGGGCGAUGUUCUCAUGGCGGAACUUGACGCUCAGUCGUCCCACUCCCAGCAGGAUAUCUCUCCUAGCCACGGCGCCGGAGAGGAUGAAGACACUCCUAUCACGGGCGAGGAUGACCUGGCCUUUGAUGACGAUUUCGCCUUCACCCGAGAUCCCCCGAGCAAGCCCCAAGCCACGGAGCCCGAGGCUAUGGAUGAUGAAGAGGAAAAUGCGCCUGUGGCUCCAGCCCGGAGACGAAUGCGCGGUGGAUUUGUGAUUGAGAGUGACUCUGAAUAG